AUGUAUAUAUAUGACCACCAUUGGAUAAUACCCGGCCGCACACACCCACCGUGCUUUUCAUAUGAUAAGACUGGACCCUUCUUUUACCUCCGAGAGGGGUUUGCAUCUCAUCAAAACACUCUUGACGCUCCGUUCCACAUCGCCACUCUUUCUUUUCCCCCACAGCAAACCCAUCUUCCUUUGUCAACAACCCCCAUCACCACCACCGCCAUGUCCUCCUCAGAAAGAGACCAACCCAUCUACAACCCCCUCGGCUCCCCUACCCGCCAUGUGACAACGCACUCCCCCACCACCGGCCUCCCCAUCUUCGCCCCUCCCUCUCUCCUCCCCUCCUCCCCAACCCCGUACGGCUCAGUUCACCCCCUCCAGCCAAGCCCAGGCACGCUCUGGUUCCCAAAGGCACCAGGGAAAUCACUCGUGCGGUACUGCGACUGGGGACCAGGGCAGGCAAUCCAGUUUCACAGGACAGAAACAAUCGACUUUGGGGUGGUUAUCGAAGGAGAGAUGGAGCUGACUCUGGACGGCGGGGAGAAGAGAAGGCUCAAAAAGGGUGAUGUGGUCGUGCAACGAGGGACGAUGCAUGCUUGGGAAAACAAGAGCGAUACCGUCUGGGCGAGAGUGGUAUUCUUUCUUGUUGGUGCCGAGGCGGUUGAUGUAGGGGGGGAUAAAAAGACGGAGGUGCUGCCUUGGAGUCAUGCCUGAUUUCUCUCUCCCCCCUUCUAUGUCACCCUUCUCAACUCAAUACCCAAACAAAACCUCCCUAAACAGGAGGCAAAAAGCCAAGAAAAAAAAAGAGCACCCACAUAACCCCCUUCUUCUGUAGAGCCUCUCCCGCCGGGAAUUGAACCCGGGUCUCGAGCGUUGACCAAUGACAAGCUCACAUACUGACCACUAUACUACGGAAGAUAAACGAACAAUUUAUCAACAGAUGUUUGUGCACCUGUCGUAGAGGUUUGUUGGAGGAUGAGGUGUGUGAGAGACCUGGACGUACCGCGAAUUGAACGCGGGACCUUCUGUAGGAUCGCAGAAGGAAGUGCGAAACAGAAAUCAUACCACUAGACCAC